AUGGCAGAGUUCGUUCGCGCCCAGAUCUUCGGCACCACCUUCGAAAUCACCACCAGGUACACCGACCUGCAGCCGGUGGGGAUGGGUGCUUUCGGUCUUGUCUGCUCAGCGAGAGACCAAUUGACCGAACAGGCCGUGGCUGUCAAGAAGAUCAUGAAGCCGUUCAGUACCCCGGUGCUGGCCAAGAGGACCUACCGAGAGCUCAAGCUGCUCAAACACCUACGACAUGAGAACGUCAUCAGCUUAAGUGACAUCUUCAUCUCGCCACUCGAGGAUAUAUACUUUGUGACCGAGCUACUGGGCACAGAUCUCCAUCGACUACUCACCUCUCGUCCGCUCGAGAAGCAGUUCAUCCAGUACUUUCUAUACCAGAUUCUCAGAGGCCUCAAAUACGUCCACUCCGCCGGCGUUGUCCACCGCGACCUAAAACCAAGCAAUAUCCUAAUCAACGAGAACUGUGACCUCAAGAUCUGUGACUUUGGCCUGGCCCGUGUACAGGACCCGCAGAUGACAGGUUACGUCUCCACGAGAUACUACCGUGCUCCCGAGAUCAUGUUGACAUGGCAGAAAUACGACGUCGAGGUUGACGUAUGGAGUGCGGGCUGCAUAUUUGCCGAGAUGUUGACGGGUAGACCGUUGUUCCCUGGCAAGGACCAUGUCAACCAGUUCUCCAUCAUCACCGAGCUGCUCGGUACGCCGCCGGACGAAGUCAUCCAGACAAUCGGCAGUGCCAACACCCUCCAAUUCGUCCAGUCUCUUCCCAAGCGAGAACGCCAACCGCUAAGUCAGAAGUUCAAGGACGCAGACCCCCUAGCUGUCGAUCUACUUGAGAAGAUGCUGGUCUUCGACCCCAGAGCGCGUACUCGUGCCGGCCAGGCUCUGACCCAUGAAUACCUUGCACCCUACCAUGAUCCAACCGACGAGCCCGAAGCAGGCGAACGGUUCGACUGGUCGUUCAACGACGCAGACCUACCCGUCGAUAGUUGGAAGAUCAUGAUGUACUCUGAGAUACUCGACUACCACAACGUCGACCAGGUUACGCAGGAGUACACCCAGCCCCAGCCGCCGCCAAUAGAUAUGGUCGCCGCAGCAGCGUCUAUGGAAUGA